AUCUUUCCUUUGCCUCCCAAAACAAAACCGCACAAAUCCAUCUCGAACGACGAACUGAUCACUGAUGGAGCGGGCGCACUGCGGCAGCGGCCACUCGUCGUCGGGGACGAAGUCUCCGGCGGCCGGCGGCCGGGAGGAGGGCUCGUACAUGACGGUGUCGUCGGCGCCGCCCAAGCGGCGGGCGGGGAGGACCAAGGUCAGGGAGACGAGGCACCCGGUGUACAAGGGGGUGCGCAGCAGGAACCCCGGCCGGUGGGUCUGCGAGGUGCGCGAGCCGCACGGGAAGCAGAGGCUAUGGCUCGGCACCUUCGACACCGCCGUGAUGGCGGCUCGCGCGCACGACGUCGCCGCCGUCGCGCUCCGCGGCCGCGCCGCGUGCCUCAACUUCGCGGACUCGCCGCGCGCGCUCCGGGUGCCGCCGCAGGGGGCCGGCCACGACGAGAUACGCCGGGCCGCGGUCGAGGCGGCCGAGCUGUUCCGCCCGGCGCCUGGGCAGCGCAAUGCAGCUGCCGAGGCGGCGGCUGCUCCGCCGGUAGACGCGGGGAACGCGGAGCUCGCCGCAAACUCUCCUUGCUACUACAUGGACGGACUGGAAUUCGAAAUGCAGGGCUAUCUUGACAUGGCGCACGGCAUGCUCAUCGAGCCACCACCGAUGGCCGGGCCGUCGACGUGGAUCGAGGAGGAGUACGACUGCGAGGUCAGCCUGUGGAACUACUGAUGGCGCGCACCUGAGCCGGCCCGGCUCUGGCCUUCAUGGCUCACUGUACAUACAGCUUAAUAUCGCCAUCCAGGACGACCUGUACUUGUGGUGUGUAAUGUUUCCCUGCUAUUCUGACGAAAAUGCCAUGACAAUGUGGGUCAACAAACAAUUAGUGCCAGAGAUAGCACUUGCACGGGCGAUCUUGGCACGCUGAAAUUCAAGCCUUUACUCGACCGAUUCAUAUAUUUCCUGCUUUGAGAUAACUUGGUCAGACUAACAGGCUCUUGCGCUGUCGCAGAAGUUUCGAGAGGAGCUUUUCAGGUCGCAUUCCCUGAUGCAGAUCUUUAUCGACAAAAAAAAAUCCAUGAUGCAGAUUAACCAGCGGAAAAAGACAGGGGCAAAGAAAAAACAGCGGAAAAAAGACUUGUUCUAACUUGAGAAAGAAACUUCAGGAACAAAAUUGGAGGUGUUGCUUGUCAAACGCAAGCAUUUUUACCGAGUCUGUUGAUGAGUCUCAUGGUGUGUCCGUCGGAUAUGGAGGUGUUGCUUCACCUUUUACCCAGUAGCAAGCACUUACUACAGAACCUUCCAUUUUCAUAUUUUCAGUAGCAAGCUUAAAUGUUACUCACUCCGUCUCAUAAUGUAAAAUGUUAUUACAACCAAGACGUCAUAUCUUGUGCAUCCACAAACCAACCAAUAUGUGUGUAUAUCAGCCAUAAUAACAUCUUAUAUAAAGGUGCAGAGGGAGUAAUUUGUUAACGGCCUCAGGAGAGGCCUCAACUCCAUCAUCGCUCUCACCGCAUGGGCUAUCUGGAAGCACCGGAACGCGGCCAUUUUCGACGGUGCCCGACCCUCCACCGACGACCUUGUGCAGCAGAUCAAGGACGACGCGUGCCGGUGGGCCAAGGUCGGUGAUAGAGGACUAGAUAGAAUCAUUCCUCUAACCUGAUUGUACGGUCUUGAGGCUGAGCACCCUCCUCCGUUGCUUACUUUGCACUCUCUCGGACGCCGUUGCGUGCACGUCCGCGGGGGAUGCAUCCUGUACUCUUCUCUUUCCACCUAUCAAUGAAAUGAUACGCUGCUCAGCGUAUUCACGAUAAAAAGUAAUUUGUUAACGGCCAAAUCCCGUGGGCAUGAUAUACCAGUUACUCCACUAACUCUGUCCUCUGGCUCCUCAGCCGCUGUAUACUCGAGUACAGAUAUCAACAACUAACAACAAUUGCUGACUAACUUAAAAAAAAAGGUAAUGACCGAAUAAGACACAUUUGGAACUUCUAGCAUUACCAGGGUGUACUUGUUUUAGUGGUGGAUGUACUUUUGUUAGUUGAGAAAAAAAAGAUGUCUUCUAUUUUGUGGGAUUAACAGCUAAUGGUAUUGACAAUCAGUGGCGGAGCCAAGAAAUUUAUAUUAGUUGGGCCGGAUUGUGUUAAAAUAGGUUGUGAAAGGCCAAACGAUUAAAUAAUAGGCUUAUAACAGAAAAUAAUCACUAGUGUUUGCACUGUCCAUCAGCAAAUUAGCACUGCAUCUCUAUUGUUAGAGGUGCCAGGCCCUGGUUGGUCCCCCCUUUCUCCAUCACUAUUGACAAUCAGUGCCGGCAAGAUAAACGUACCAAAUACAGGAGUCCUUUUUACAGUACAUCAAAUUACCACUGAAGGAGAUACAUGCCCUAGCACUUGCGCUGGUUGGCUGCCAGCCACUGGCAGGAUUCACGUCACAGGUGACUCCAAGAAUAAGCUCGUUUGGUUCCCUGGAUUUGAGGAGGGCCUCCAUGUUCCAUGCUUCCAGGGUCUACGGUGGUGGAGAAGGAGCUAUGGGGAGAUGGAGAUCGAGGUUGGGUUGGCGCUCAUCAUCGGUGGCUCCCACGAGAGGUCUUGGCGCCUGCAGUUGCGGUCGAUUGCCGGUUGUUUUCGUCUUGCCAUCGAAUCUUCUAGCAGAAUGGAGGCUUUACGGCGGCUUUACUUCUUCCUUCCGGCCAUGAUGUCUAAAGGGAGGCAGUGUAGCUUUAACACGAAGUCCAUGGCGAGGUGUCAUGGAGGUUUCGCCGUCCCAAGUGGUGCCAGUUCGUACGGGAGCAGCUAGGGAUUCAGUUGCAAUCUUCAUUAGCUUUGGGGAGUCCUCUUUGUAAAAAACAGGGACGAGUUUGUUAUUUCCUGGUUGUUAAGGGUCCUGUUGUAAGAUGUGCAUGGUUGCUUUAUGUUUAAUAUAAGCAUCGGGGUCCUUUUGGAACCUUCUUCUGUUCAAAAAAGAAAGAAAAACUUGUGGCCCGCAAUUUGUUAAAUUAAGCUUAGGCAAGUUUAGCAAAAAAAUGUGUGGCAAUCCAAUGCCUAGGGCAUGUACAACAGCGAUGAGUCAGCCGUCUGUAAGGUAUGCCAGUUAGGAUUUUCGUCUACGUGGAGGAAAGAGAAGGAGGAGAGAGAGGAAGGGCAUCUGCAAUUCGGCAGACAGUCGAUA